AUGCUUAGCGGCGGUGCUUCGGACGGGGAAGACGACGAGUGGGAGGCUUGGGACGGCCUUCCCGAACCUCUCGCCGCGACGCGCGGUGAAUCCGCAGGGGUAUUAAGAACGGAAAAAAAAGGGUGGGACCAUGCGGCUUGUGUCGUAGACGAGGAGGAAUGGGAGGAUUACGAGUGGGAAGAACGGGAGGAGCGGGAGGAGCGGGAGGAUCGGGAGGAUUGGGAGAGAGAUGCGAAGAUCGUGCACGGCAAGGCAUGGGAGCGUAUGGAGGAAAGAUCGCUUGACUCUUACGAAAAAUCUCGAAGAAAGGGGAAGGAGUUGGCUGAUUGCGAGGAGGCUGCGGGGGGAAAGGAGAACGCGGAAACGUCUGGGGGAGAAUUAGGCGGGAAAGGCGGGAUAGAAGCGGGUGGGAGCGGCGGAGGGGGAGCGGGAGGGGGAGGGGGUGAAGAAGGGGGAUGGGAUGGUCAAGUAAGCGUCACGAUGGAUGGGGGGUUGGGGGAGGAGGGGUUAAGAGCGGUGGGAGGGAAGCGAGGGAAGGGGGCGGCGAAGAGAGUGCGACGCGCCACGGCAGAAGACAAGUGCAUCGCGUGCACCUGCUCUGCCUGCUCGCCCGCAUUGACCUUUGAGUGGGCUCAAAAGGCAUCCCCCUCUCCCUCUUCUCGUCCGUGCAGGAGUGGUGUCAGUCAGUGCAUCGCGUGCACCUGCUCUGCCUGCUCGCCGGCAUUGACCUUUGAGUGGGCUCAAAAGGCAUCCCCCUCUCCCUCUUCUCGUCCGUGCAGGAGUGGUGUCAGCAUCCCCCUCUCCCUCUUCUCGUCCGUGCAGGAGUGGUGUCAGUCAGUGCAUCGCGUGCACCUGCUCUGCCUGCUCGCCCGUGCUCUAGCGCUCGACAGUGCCGCGGAUGACGCGCUCCUGCAGGCGGCCAUGCUAUCGCUAGCCCCACGACUCCUAUUGGAGGAGGCACAGGAAGCAGCAGCAUCGCACCAGGCUCCCUCCCUGCACCUGCUGCAGCAACUCACAUCCUGGGUCCGGGGCUCAGCUGAAGAGAUUGCUGCUCUUUCUGUUGCUCUCUUCCGUGCUCUUGGUUUCACUGCCAGGCUAGUAACAGCACUCUCCCCCUCCCCUCUGAAACCCACCGCUCAGCUCCUAUCAGAAUUCGACCCUUCCUCCGACGCCCCCUACCCACGCACACCCGCCUCCCGCUCCCCCUCCCCAUUCACGCAUCGCACGCGCAUCCUCCCCCUCUCCUCCACCGCCCCCGCCGCUGCUCCCCCUGAUCCGCCCCAUGCACCUGGGCAUCAGUUGCUUCUGCGCCAUCAGGUGCGUGGUCCGUCUUCAGGUGCUGCUGCUGCCUUAAAUGGUGCGCGUUUUCCCAAGGGACGCACUGCUGUUGCUGCCAUUGCUGCCGCUGCUGCUGCUGGUGCUGCUGCUGGUGCUGCUGCUGGUGGUGUUGCUGCUUCUCCUGCUGCAUUUCCUGGUGGUGCCACACUCGCUAUUCCGGUUGCUGAUUGUGACCGUACUGCUGGUGCAGCUGAUAGUGCUGGUGUUGCUGCUGGUGGGAGGGGCAGGAGAGGGAAAAGAGCGGGAACGAGUGGGACAGGCGGGGCUCGGAGUACAAGGCUGGCAGUAGGAGUAGGAGAGGGUGUUAUUAUCUGCCGGAAGGGUGCAUCUGCUGAUGCGCCAGAUGAAGCAGAAGAGGCAAAAAUGGCACAGAUACGCAGUGGUGGUGGCAUCCGUGGCAUAAGAGGCAGGGACAGGGGCAGGGGCAGUCGUGACAGUAGUGGUGGUGGUGGUGGUAGUAGUGGAGGUGAUUCUAAAGAACCGGUAGGUGGAGAGGAGGAAGCAGCAGAGGAGAGUGGGGGGGGUGGUAGGGGCGAGAGAGGUGGUGGAGGCAGGGGAAGAGGAAAGCGGAGAGGACGGGGAGGGAGAGGGAGUGUGGUGGGGAAGAGGAGGCGUGGGAAGGAAGAGGAAGAGGAGGACAGGGGGAAGAGUGGGGAAAGAGAGAAGGACGGGACGGGGGUAGGGCGAGUGACGAGGCUAAGGGUAAAGAAGGAGAAGGAUGCGGGGUGUGAUCAGAGCGCGGAUGAGAAGCGAAUGGGUGGUAAAUGUAAAGGAGGUAACUGUCAAGGAGGUGAUUGUAAGGGAAGUGACUGUGAAAGAUGUAAUUGCAGAAGUCAUGUGGCUGCGGUUAAGAUUGAGGAAGGGGUGAUGGAGGGCGGAAAAAGAGGCGAGGAGAGGGGAGGGGACUCUAAAGAUGAAGUAGAGGUGGAUGGAAGACGAGGAGGAGAAAGAGGAGGAGAUAGAGCAGGGGCAGCAGCAGUAGAAACAGGAAGAGGAGAAGCAGGAGCAGGAGCAGGAGGAGGAGGAGGAGGAGGAGGAGGAGGAGGAGGAGGAGGAGGAGGAGGAGGAGGAGGAGGAGGAGGAGGAGGAGGAGGAGGAGGAGGAGGAGGAGGAGGAGGAGGAGGAGGAGGAGGAGGAGGAGGAGGAGGAGAAGAGUUGCAUUCAGAACAGCAGCGGAAGCGAAAGAGAAAGGGAGACGAGGAGUUUGAGUUGCAGCUAGCUAUGGCCAUGGCUGCCACUGCUGCCGCUGCCCCUGCUGCUGCUGCUGGUAACCCCUCUCCCACAGCAGCAGCAGAGACUGCUGGGACUGCAGCGGUAGCAGCAGCAGUAGCUGGCAUUGCUGCUGCCUCCUCCAGUGCUUGUACAAAUGCUCUCACCAGCAGCGCAGCAGACUCACAGACAGAUGCUCGGACGGGAAAACCAAGUGGAGGAGCAACAGGAGGAACAACUGGAGGAGGCACAGGAGGAGCAAUGUCCCUGGAGCAAGAGGCAUUUGUCAGCUGGAGCAAUCCUGCAGCAAACAGGAGUGUCAGCAGCAGGAACGGUAAAAGCAGCGGCGGCGGUGCAGUGGUGUGGUCGCGCCAGUUUGCCUCAGCGUCGCACUGGGCUGAGGUGUUUGUGAGUGGCAGGAAGAGAUGCCAGGCGGAUGGCUCUGAGAGCAGCAGUGUUGUUGGGGCGGAGAAGAAGGGGGGUGCUGGAAGGAUGGGUGGGAGGGCCAUUGGUGGGAGGAGAGGUGGGAAUUCACAUGCUGGUAGUGGCGCUGCUGCUGCUGCUGCUGCUGCUGCUGCUGCUGCUGGUACUGGUUCUGGUGCUGGUGCUGGUAGUGUGGGGCGGUGGGUGCAUGUGGAUGGGGGGAGGGGGGUGGUGGACGGAGAGGACAAAGUGGAGGGCUUGUUGAUGGGCAUGUCCCAGCCUCUCACAUACGUGGUUGGCUUGGCGGGUGGUGGAGCCAAGGACGUCACUAGACGCUACGCUGCACGCUGGUCACUGAUCUCGCCUCUCAGGGACGAAGCCUGGUGGGCGUCCACCCUGUCCCCCCUGCGAUCACUAGAAGCUGCCUCCACUGCUGCCAACCGCUUCCUCCCUCCUCCCGCUCCUCCUGCUCUUCCUCCUGCUCUUCCACUUCCUCCUCCUGCUCCUGCUUCUGCUCCUUCUCCUCCUACUGCGCUCCCCUCCUCUUCCAUCGCACCGGUUCCAGCACCUUUAACUCCUCCAAUCACCCAGGCUAACCCCUCAGCACCGUCCUCUGUAACCCCACCACUCUCAGCCCCAGCCCCUAUCCUCGCCUCCGCCCCGUCUCCCUCCUCUGUGACUCCCCUGCCGGUUUCCAUGGCCUUGUCUGGCCUGCGGCCCUCUGCUGCUGCCUCCUCCGGCCUUGCAGGGUGUUCUGCUACAAGUGCGAGUGCAGGUGCGAGUGCAGGUGCAGCAGAGAGGGUUACGGCAGCAACAGCAGCAACUGCACCAGCAGCAGCAGCAGCAGCAGCAGCACGAGCAGCAGCGUGGGACGAGAGGGCAGCAGCGGAGGACAUGGAGAUGGACGUGAAGCAGCUCACAGAACCGCUGCCGUCCAACCAGCAGGCGUACCACAAUCAUCCUCUAUACGUGUUGGAGCGGUGGCUGGGAGCGUACCAGUGCCUGCGCCCCAGGGGACCCGACCUGUGCUGGGGAUUUCGUUCUUCCCGUUUCAUUGCUCCCCCUCUCUCCUCACCUCAAACCCCACGACCCCUCCGCCCCCUCCCACAUAACCCCUCCGCCCCCUCCUUCCAGGCAUACCGCAGCCAUCCUCUAUACGUUUUGGAGCGGUGGCUGGGAGCAUACCAGUGCCUGUGCCGCAGGGGGCCCGUGCUGGGGGGUUCGUUCUUUCCGUUUCAUUACGCCUUCUCCCCCCCCCUCUCCCCCACCAGGCAUACCGCAGCCAUCCUCUAUACGUGUUGGAGCAGUGGCUGGGAGCGUAUCAGUGUCUGCGACCCAGGGGGGCCGUGCUGGGCAUACCGCAGCCAUCCUCUAUACGUGUUGGAGCGGUGGCUGGGAGCGUACCAGUGUCUGCGACCCAGGGGCCCCGUGCUGGGGGUGUGUGGCGGGGAGGCGGUGUUCCCCCGCGCGUGCGUGCAGCAGCUGAGGUCGCGGCACCAGUGGUUGAAAGAGGGCAGGCGCGUGCGUGACGGGGAGACGCCUGUCAAGACACUCACACGCAAGCCCCCGACUCCUCGCGCCGUCCGCCGCCGCAACCCCUACCAGUCACGCACCCACAUUCUGCCCCACGAGUGCUUUCCCUCCCACGUCGCUGCUCGUAUGCGUGCCACUGCCCGUGCUAGUGCUGCUGGAGGUGCUGGUGGUAGUAAUGGUGGGCGGAUGGGUGGUGCAGGAUCAACUGCUGCUGAGGAUGAGGAUGCAGCAGCAGCAGCCGUUGGAUCAAUGGACGGAAGAGGAGGAGGAGCAGCAGCAGGAGCAGGUAGGGCAACGGGUGACGAACCUUCCUCCUCCUCCUCAUCAUUCACAAUCACCAUUGAGCUCUUUGGCGAAUGGCAGACUGACACCUGGCGCCCGCCGCCCGCAGUGGACGGCCGGAUUCCCAAGAACGAGCGGGGGCAGGUGGAGGUGUGGUCGGAGAAAUGCCUCCCUCCCGGCACUGUUCACCUGCGGUUACCGCGUCUUGUAACGGUGGUGCAGCGGCUGGGGUUUGACUUUGCGCCGGCCGUGGUGGGGUUUGAGUGGAAGGGGGGCAAGGCGACGCCGAAGUAUGAAGGGCUGGUGGUGUGUGCAGAGCACGCCGAUACUAUAGUGGAUGCGUACACAGCAGAGGAGCAGCGGCAGCAGGAGCUGGCGCUACAGCGGCGGCGCAAUGCGGCAUUGGAGCGAUGGCAUGUGCUCAUAGGGGCCAUGACCACACGCCAGAGGUUGCAGGAUACCUAUGAAGCUGCUGCUGCUGCUAAUGACAGUGGUGGUGCUGCUGCUGGCGGUGGUGGUGGUGGUGCUGGCGGUGCUGCUGGUGAUGAUGGUGGUGAUGGUGUUGCUGCUGCUGUUGGUGUGGGUGCUAUGGACGGUGAAGGGAGCAAGAUUGGCGGGUUUCGGAGGGAAGGGGUGGAGCGAUUGGAAAUUGGAUGUGCGGUGGAGGGGGAGGAGGAAGGGGAGGAAGAGGACGACAACGAGGAAGAAAUGAGUGAGGGGGAAAGGGAAGAGGAGGAAGGAGAAGAGGAAGGGGAGGAGGAGGGCAAGGGUGCGGGUGGUGAGAGGCGGGUGAGAGCAGGGCACGUGCAUGAGUUCGAAGUGGUGUGUGUGGAGGGAGGGAAUCUCAGUGGAGGGAAUCAGGGUGCUUCUGGUGGGGAUGAUGGUGGGGUUGAUGGCGCGGUGGGUGGUGGUGUGGGAGGUGUUGAGUGUCCUCGUGUGGUACGUAAGCGUUGUUGGUGUGGAUUCGAGGUGGAGGUGGAAGAGAUGUGA